CUGAAAUAACAACACACGGAAAGGAUCCAGGAACAAGAAAGAGAAACACCAGGGUGUUUCGCCUUUGAUCAUGCCGAAAUGAUCAACAGUGAAAAUUGACCCACUCAUUUACUAAGAGGAACACUUCAUUUUCAAAGCUCAGGAUCUCAGUUGCCAACAUUGUAUGAGCAACACUUCCAACGCAACUCUGACGCCGUUGUCGUCUCCAGAAACAACAACCACCACUACCACCACAUUGGCACCAUCAACAGUAAACACAACUGAUAUUAUCAUCAUCAGCAAUUCAACAAUCAGCAUGAACAAGACUCAGCCACUGAUCUUCCUUCAGACCACUGCUGCGCAGGGCAUCGCUGGAGUUUUCACCUUUGCAGCCCUUCUGGUCACAUGCCACCAGAUUUACCUCCACCUGAGGUAUUACACCUGCCCUAAUGAGCAGCGCUGGAUUGUUCGCAUCCUCUUCAUUGUUCCCAUAUUUUCAUUCGACUCCUUCCUCAGUCUCAUGUUCUUCAACAAUGACAGCUACUAUGUCUACUUUGACAGUGUCAGAGACUGCUAUGAAGCUUUUGUCAUCUACAACUUCCUAAGCUUGUGUUAUGAAUACCUUGGAGGGGAGAGCUCUAUUAUGUCGGAGAUCCGCGGGAAACCCAUCCAAUCCAGCUGGUUCUACUGCACCUGUUGUCUGGCCGGGAGACAGUACACUAUUGGUUUCCUGAGGUUCUGUAAACAGGCAACCCUUCAGUUUUGUAUCAUCAAGCCUGUGAUGGCAAUCAUCACUCUAAUCCUUCAGGCAUUUGGACACUACAAGGAUGGUAACUUCUCGCCGCAAAGUGGGUAUCUGUACAUUACCAUUAUCUACAAUGUGUCCAUCAGCUUGGCUUUGUACGGACUCUUUCUCUUUUACUUUGCCACGCGGGAACUGCUCAGCCCAUACGAACCUGUUCUGAAGUUCUUCACUAUCAAAUCCACCAUCUUUCUUUCCUUUUGGCAGGGUGUGGUGCUGGCUAUCCUUGAGAAGACCAGUGUCAUCAGCCCAAUCUUCUCUCAGUAUGGCCUGAAGACUGCAGGAGUAGGCACAGUAUCCGCUGGCUGGCAGAACUUUCUCAUCUGCAUUGAGAUGUUCUUUGCUUCUAUUGCUCUGAGGUUUGCGUUCCCUCACAGCAUCUAUAGCUCAGGCUCAACCACGACUCACGGGAGGACUGUGUCAUUACAGAGUAUUUCCAGCAGCCUCAAGGAGACGAUGAACCCACGGGACAUCAUGCAGGAUGCCAUCCACAACUUCCACCCCCAGUACCAGCAGUACACUCAACAGGGCAUGAAGAUUCCACACGAUGAGGACCACAUCGAUGCUGAUCGCUCCUACUACGACCAACCAUAUCAGCAUCAAAUCCCACCCACCCAUCAGACUGCCACCCACAGAAACGGUGAACUGGCCAAUGGGGUGCAUGCUCAUCCUCAGGGCGUGCCCCCACCUCGCCUUCCCCCUCAGAGGCAGAAACUCAAUGAGAAGUCAACUCUACUCAGCUCAGACGAUGAAUUUCAGUGAGCAUUCCUAAAAUGAUAACUAGACAUGUUUGAAUCCAGGGACAGAAGCCUGGCCUGUGGUCAUCUGUGUGAUAAGUGUUAGCUGUUUGUUGUUCUUGUUCUGGAGAGGCUGUCUGUUGUAGACUGAAUUGUGGGUGCCCUCACCACUACAUUAAGCUUUAAGAAUUUUAGAUAGGCAGGUGUUUCCAUGGCUGUUAGGUCCAUGUGGAAUACUGGAGAGCCUCAUAAAGCAUCUGUGAGAAUACAUCUGUCUCUGAAUCAUCCUACAAGGACUAGUAUUCUGCUUCUGGACACUGUUUAUCCUAUGUUACCUAAGGCUAUAUAUGCUUCACUAACUACAAAAUUAUAUCCAACCUGUUCAAGUAGGGAAGAAAAAAAAAUAUACUAGUAUUAAUAGCUGACAUGUGAAAUACACAUUAGCUGUGAUUGUUUGCUAGAUAGUUGGUAAACAGGUUAGAGGUUGGCUUAUGUUGUGAAUGUAUUAUCCUACAGGUAAAUAUUUUUGGUAUUGAGGUAGAUUUACUAUGAUGUGACUGAUCUGCAUGUAUUUUUACAUAGAAUCAGCCGAUGAAGUUCCUCAAAAAACAUUUAUGCCCAGGCAGUAUGCAUUUAGCCACUUCCUGAGUUUGUCAUGGAAUUCUUCUCAGACCAGUUUUCACGGGCAGCAGUGCAGUUUAAUUGUGUCAAGAUAUUGAAUCAAUCUCAGUGCAAAUGAUUGUAUUAUAUCAAAUCAACAUAUAUACAAAAAUGUAAAAUGCCUAUAUAUAUAAAGGAUAUUUAAAUAUGUACCAUAUGUAUAAAAAUUGAUUUUGAAAACAAAUUUGUGUUGUUCGUAUAAAUUGUACUUUGGAAUUUUGGGAUCUGAAUAUCAUAUCUGUGUCUCUUGUUUUGUUUUGAACCUAAAUUAUUGAUAGGCAGGUUUUUGUUCUAUUUAUCUUGUUAUAGAGGAUGCUGUGUUUCCUACGUGAAACCCGUUAAAUGCAGAUGUUCUCUGCCAUUGGCCUUGCCUGAAAACCUGCCCAUGUGAUUUUCUAAAGAAUAUAAGAUAUUGGUAGGCUGUGGUUAGGCUCAAGUUAUUGGCUUGGCAGUUAUCAGAGUGUUAUAAUCUCAUAUAGUUAUAAAGUUGUUAAUGUUGGCUUAAACUCAUUUAUUUAUCAUCUGUAUUGAAAUGAAGACAAAGGUAAAAAAAUUCUGUUUGGUUUAACUUUCGACAACCAUUAACUAUUAUUAGAUCAUUUGGUGCAUUGCCAUAUUAGUUGCACAGACAAGUAUAUCAGCCUAUAUCAUUUAUAUAUGAAUUGUUGCCAUGAACUUUGUUGUUAUUACCAGGGGAACCCCCAGAGAUAUUCUAAUUUGUGCAAUAGGCAUGGCUAGCCAAACAUCAUUGACACAUGUACAGUGUAUGAUAGCCUUGUAAAAGGAGAAUGUCUUUUCACAACAGUGAAUCAGUGGUUCCUGAUUAACAAAGCAAAACUAGUGGACAAGUAAUCCUGCGUUUUAACCAUUUUAUUCAAUGAAAGUGUCGCAGUACGGUCAAAGAGGUAUGACUAAAACAUCUUACACCUGUCCCAGAUCUGCAAACUACUGUCCACAUUUUUUUUUUUUUACAAACGUUCAUGUAUACAUGUCCUUUUUUCCUAAUUUGUAUCUCUGAUCUCUGAAAAAAAUCCCAGACCUUGAAAAUCCCCUCUGUUAUAUUCAGCAUGUAUUAUAAUGGGUGGAAGUUAAAGAUAAUCAAAAAAGUUUUAAACUGUUUUGUGAAAAGCUGUACACUUUCUAGCACUCAAACUGUUGAAAAUCAUUUAUAUCAAACCAUCAGAAUAUCUUCUGCACAAAGCUAUAUUUUUAGCCCAUACCAAAUACUCCAAAUUUUGACCAAGUGUUGGUAAUUAUUUAUUGUGCUAGGUAAUUACAUAAAUAUGUGCUGGCAGUUGUGUAACAAGAGUGUAAAAUUGAAUUGCAUUAUGUUAGAAUUCCUUUUAUGGUCUUUGUUCCUGCAUGAAUAGCUGGCUGAUGUUGCCUGUAUGUUCCAUCUAGAAAGCAGUAUAAUGUGCAAAGUAUAUAUCUGUACAUAAAACACCACAUACAUGUAUAUACUAUAGCCUAACGUAUGUUUUCUUUGUGUUUGUGUGAAUACAAAUAUAUAUACAUAUGCAUGUACCAUUGACAAGUUUUAAUGGCUUGUCGACAUAGAUUUUAAGUACAAGUACUUAUGCCAAUGUAGUUUUGAUGUAUCUAUGUAUAUGUAUGGGUAUAUGGGGCUGUCCUAGCAUGGAUCCAGCAGUGUAGUCAUGGUACAUGUAGUGAUGGUGUUCAGUCCAUUUUUUUUCUUUAGGCAUAGUGUCAAAGCAGAAUACUCACCAUGCACAGCUUGUUCAGUAAUAUGUUACUUCAGGGUUAUACAUCUGUACACAAAAACAGCUUAUUUGUUUUGAAGAAAAUUUACCCCAAAACAUUUUGAUAUAUUAUCUUGGGGGUUUUGUCUGUGUUUUGUUUUGCUUUUAGGCAUGAAAUAAGGUCACAUCUGUUAGCACAUAUUAACACUGUUACAUUUUCUAGAUACCCAUCUGACAUAACUGUAAACAUUAGUGCAUAUCAUGCUGUUAGGUUUUUUUUUGUUUUGGUUUUUUUGACACGUUUGUUUAUUAUUGCUUAAUUGGUGGAAUUAUCGACUGAAAAGGUGACAUCAAUUUUUCUGUGGCCACAAAUCUGUAACGUAUCAUGGAUAAUAUGUCGAUGUUGUUGAUAUGUUGAAAGUUAUACAGUGAAUGUCAAGGUUUAGUGCUUUAUUAUCUAGUCCAAAGGGUGCAUUUUGGCCAAAUUUACUUAUUUUUGCAUAGAUUGUUGCCACAGUUAUGAUUAAAAUUGAAGUCAUAAAAAAUCUGAUGACAUGAGUGAACAUUAAUGAUAUCACAUAUGCCUGCCUUGUAUGUUCAGUUAUUUACACUUCAUCCACAGGCUUACCUGGUGAGCGAAGCUAGGUGAUGCAAGGGGAUUUGAGGUGUCUGAUUUGAGGUAUUUUGAGAACAGCCUGGAAAAGAAAUGAAUUUAUAUAAAAUGUAAACUGUUCAUGGGCAUGUCUUUGAUUAAAUUAACCUCCACUCCCUCCCAUUUUGCAAAAAAUAGAAUUCUCAUUCUAUGAUGAUACUCUACACAUAAUCUGUUUUCAAGACUGGGGAAUAUGUUGUUCCCUGCAAUUCUGGACGAAAUAAGCCAGAAAUGUUUGCCACCAGAAAGAAGUGAAAGUUUUAGGUCAGACCCACCAUACACAAAGUAGAAACAUAAUUUUUAUGUUCUAUUUUAGUUUUAUUAUUGUUAUUAUUUUGAACAAUACAUAAACAGGUGUUUGACAAGUAGCCAUAUCAUACCGAAUUUUAUUCUGUUACUUUACCCACCGUCUUAACAGUGUAAUUUUUACAUUAUACAUUGUUGCAAAGAGGUUUUAUAUAAGUUUACUUGACAAAGUCUUAAUUUUUACUAUCAUUGAUUACAAAGGGGGUCAUUCUGGUUUAUUGUCAGCAGAUUGUUUGUGCAAGGCAUGUCUUAUCUAUUAUGGUCAUCUGUGAACAAUUAAGGCGAAUUGGAGUCUAAAAUUUGUGGAAAAAUUGAAACCAGUUGAUGGUUGAUGGACCAAGUAAUGUGUUUGAGACCAACUGAACAAACAUGUGUACAUAUACCUCAAGUCAGCUUUAGUUUGGUUGUUGAAAACUGUUGGUAUUCAUAGAUGCAGGGGAAUAAUUAUGUUCAAUCAGACUAUUGGGAAUAGAAACCACAGAAUUAAUAGUGAUUGCACUUUUAGUCUAAAAUAUAACAGCCUUUUGAAUGUCAUUGCAUGCAUAUCGUAGCUUUAUUGUAAAUAGAUUAAAAUAUAAUUUAUCAAAAUUACAAGAGCUGAACUUAUACUGACUGCCCCCAGCAUAUCAGCUGUUUAAGGCUUCAAUUAAACUUUGCCUUAAAAUAUCAAUUAUGUAUGAAUUUCUUGUUAAAAAGAAAAGACAUGACUAAAGUUUAUUUUUUGAAUUAUAUUUCUGUUAAAUGUAAGUCUGGUUUGGCACAAUUCGUACAUACACACGUGCAUUUCAUUGUAAAUUAUUGUAUUGUGGAAAUAAAUAUAAAACAUUACAAAUUC